GAUGCAGUGAGAUAUCAGUGCCAGUACUGGGUACUGGAGCCACCAGGGACAUUGGAGAAGAGUGAACCCAUGGAGCUGGUGGUGACAGAUCCCAGCUAUCCCCCACCCAGCAUUUCCAUGAUCCCCAAGGAACGUGUGGAGACGGGGACCAAUGUCACCAUCCAGUGCAGCAACCAGGAGUAUGGGGGCACCAUCUUCCUGCACAAGGAUGGGCACUCAACCCCUCUACAGCAACAAGAACCCAACGGUGAGGGCACAGCCACCUUCACCCUUUUUGCAGUGACCCCAGCUGACUCUGGCACCUAUAGGUGCUCCUACCGCGUUGGGGGCUUUUACCAUCUGUUCUCAUGCCUCGGUGAUAAUGUGACCCUGGAAGUGAAUAACAGAUCUGAACACCCAGGGGACAAUAGGGGUCCCAGCUUGAACCUGGUGGCAGUGGUGGCAGGGAGUUGUGCUGCUGUGAUUGUCA